CAAUGAGGGAACAGCGGGGUGGACCAGUGGGUGGGACUAGGCCUUGCUGGUGUAGCCGACAUUUUGUGUGGUUCACUGUGAGGGGAGGCGCGGUCUCCGGCGAGACUCUAAGAUGGUGAAACUCUUCAUCGGGAAUCUGCCCCGAGAGGCAACGGAACAAGAGAUCCGGUCGCUCUUUGAGCAGUAUGGGAAGGUGCUGGAAUGUGAUAUCAUCAAAAACUAUGGCUUUGUGCAUAUCGAAGACAAGACCGCAGCCGAAGAUGCCAUCCGUAACCUGCAUCACCACAAGCUGCAUGGUGUCUGCAUAAACGUGGAAGCCAGCAAAAACAAGAGCAAAGCCUCCACCAAACUGCAUGUGGGCAACAUCAGUACCACCUGCACUAACUUGGAGCUGCAGGCCAAGUUUGAAGAGUACGGCCCAGUGAUCGAGUGUGACAUAGUGAAGGAUUAUGCCUUUGUGCAUAUGGAGCGGGCUGAGGAUGCGGUGGAGGCCAUCAGGGGCCUAGACAACACAGAGUUCCAAGGCAAGCGGAUGCACGUGCAGUUGUCCACCAGUCGGCUCAGGACCGCGCCCGGGAUGGGAGACAAGAGCGGCUGCUAUCGGUGCGGGAAAGAAGGGCACUGGUCUAAAGAGUGUCCGGUAGAUCGCACGGGGCAAGUGCCUGACUUUACCGAAACCUAUAAUGAGCAGUAUGGAGCGGUGCGCACUCCCUACCCCGCGGGCUAUGGGGAAACCAUGUAUUACGAUGAUGGGUAUGGAGCAAUGGUCGACUACUACAAAAGAUAUCGCGUGAGGCCCUAUGCUACGGCAUCUGCAUACGACGCCUAUGCAGAGCAAACAAUGGCCCAGUAUUCUCAGUAUGCGCAAUACUCUCAAGUACAAACCACAGCCAUGGCCGCCACCACAGCCAUGGCCAAUCGCCUCACUACUACCCUAGACCCUUAUGAUAGAGCACUGCUGCCAACCCCGGGAGCAGCAGCAGCAGUCGCUGCACCCCCCGCAGCCGCAGCAGCUGCAUCCUCCACCUAUUACACCCGGGAUAGAAGCCCCCUGCGUCGCACGGCAACCGCGGCCACCACCGUCGGAGAGGCGUACGGUUACGAACGUUGUCAGCUGUCUCCAGUCUCGUCGGUCGCUCGGGCCUCCCUCUACGAUGUUCAGCGGUUCGGGCGGGAGUCGUAUGUGGACAGGGCGCGGUAUUCUGCGUUUUGAGUUGGAG